AUGCCCAUCAGGCUUCCGUAUCUGCAAAGUAACGCAUUGACCUUGGCCCAAGGACAAGAUACUAUUGAUAAUUAUAGAGAGCUGCCGGAAAUCUACCUACGCAUCUCAUACGAACAGGCCUUUCAAGACCCUAACGGCGUGUUGCCGUCACAGAUUAUCGACGUUAUUUUGGAUGAAUUGCAGUCGGAUAAGUUGCUCGCAGAUCAAGAGCCGAAACAUGAUGGUACCACGUUUGGUACCCUGGUAUUGCGAGUAUGGUGUAUUAUUCGAUUGCUGGUUGACGCUCGCGACAUUUUUUUCCAAAGCAACGUGCCCGAGGUAGAAGCGGAAGAUUUGCACCGAGCGUUGGCACUGGCGUCGUUGAAGCUUCUUUGUUCUAGGCAUCUUGUCCCGCUAAUUCAACCAAUCAACGCUUAG